GCCACGCUGUGCCCUGUAUACCCUGUAAUUCCAGGGAAAACAGGACAGGAGGUGUACAGAAAGCCCACUUGUCAACUUGGUUCAACUAGGCGAGUGGAAAUUAUGGUGGGGGUGAGUAUGUCCCCCAGGGCCAUCUUGCUGAGCAGGCUCGGAGCUCAGGCCGGAUCUGUCAUUGGCACUGGGAGCCGUCAGACUGCUCAAUAGCUGAGAGCAGUGAAAGCAAAGCAAGGAGUGUGUGCUGUGCUCUCUGCCUCCCCCUAGAG